AUGCCCAUCACCAAUGAAUCCAUCUGGGCCGCGAGCCCCUCCACCACGAGGGGUCAGCCCACCCAGUUAUCCUCGGAUGCGAAAGGAGAACGUUUGGCUUAUGCGUCCGGUAAAUCGAUCUUCUUGCGUUCGAUCGAUAACCCCUCCAUCGCCAGGCAGUAUACCGAACACAAGGCACAGACGACAGUUGCUCGCUUCUCGCCUUCUGGCUUUUACGUUGCCAGUGGUGACGCUACUGGUCUAGUAAGGGUUUGGGAUUGCGUCGGUGAAGGAAUCACAAAGGGCGAAUACAGCAUUGUUAACGGUCGUAUCAAUGAUCUGGCCUGGGACGGCGACUCUCAGCGCAUCAUCGCCGUUGGUGAUGGAAAGCAGAGAUACGGCCACUGCAUCACAUGGGAUAGUGGCAACACUGUUGGUGAGAUCUAUGGACAUACACAGCAGAUCAAUUCCGUCUCCAUCAGGCAACAAAGACCGCUGAGAGCGGCAGCCGCUGGUGACGACAAGAAUCUAGUCUUUUACCACGGAGCGCCAUUCAAAUUCAAUACAGGAAUCAGGGACAAGCACACGAAUUACAUAUACGGAGUUGGAUUCAGCCCCGAUGGUUCGACAUUGGUUAGUGUUGGUGCCGAUCGAAAGAUCUGGCUCUACGACGGAAAGACUGGCGAACCUAAAGGUCAGAUUGGCGAAGGAGAGCAUAAAGGAAGUAUCUUCAGCGUGUCAUGGUCGAAGGAUUCGAAGAAGUUUGUCACCGCGAGCGCUGAUCGAACCGUGAAAAUCUGGGAUGCGGAGGCAGGCAAGGUCUGUCAGAGCUGGACCCUGGGAGAGGAAGGAAACUCCAACGUCCGCGAUCAGCAAGUGGGUGUUGUUUGGCCUUCUGGCAGAAGCGACAAUCUGCUUAUUAGUCUAUCACUCAGCGGUGACCUGAACUACCUGGUCGAAGGGACACCUGAGCCCCGACAGGUAAUUCAAGGUCAUCAGAAGAGCAUAACAUCCUUGACUCAAUCCUCCUCAGAGGGCAAGGACGAGACACUGUGGACCGGCAGCUUUGACGGAAGGGUGUGCAGCUGGGAUGUAUCGACUGGAGCCGCUGAGGAGGCGGAUGGGGACUGCCAUUCGGCAUAUGUCGCAGGCCUCGCGUCGACACAGGAAGGAACUGGCAGGAUUUACAGUGUGGCUUGGGAUGAUACGUUACGGUCCGUCGAUGUCGGCGCCAGAACAUACACUGGAAGCAACUCCAAGCUUUCUGGGCAGCCCAAGAGUGUCGCAGCCGGUGACUCGACAGUUUUGGUGGGUACAUCCGAAGGCAUUGAGAUCUAUAAGGACGGAAAGAAGACCGGCGAUUUCAAACCAAAAUCCACAGUUACUGCUGUCGCUGCUCGUGGCAAUGUCGCGGCGGUUGGAGGCGAAGAUUCAACCGUGCAGAUCUGCGAAAUUUCCAAUUCGAGUCUGUCUCCAAAGACAGACAUCAAAGCCUCUCGGAACCCAGUGUCUGCUCUUGCCUUUUCGCCCAAUGGGUCUCUGCUUGCCAUUGGUGACUCGCGAGGCCGCGUGCUCGUGUACCAGGUGGCCGACGGCAGUCUGGUCACUGACCGUUGGACGGCACACACAGCAAGAAUUACUUCUAUUGCCUGGAACGAAAGUGGCACACUCUUAGCGAGCGGUUCUUUGGAUACGAACAUAUUUGUGUGGAGUUUAGCCAACCAAGGAGAUUGGUUGCAAGUGUCCAAUGCUCACAAGGAGGGUGUCAAUGGUGUUGCCUGGCUUGCCGGCGGGUCCAGGAUUGCCUCUGCCGGCGCUGAUGCCGCAGUCAAGGUUUGGAAGCUUCGACAAGCGACAUUUGUUCUACCAAAGACUGGUCAACGCUUAAGAGGGCUUGUCAAUUUACGAAGCUCACAUAUUGUAACCAGCAAUGAUGAUGAGGAGCGACGGGGCCUUCUCUCCGGGGAGGUCUCCGCGGACCGUCAAGACGUUAUAUCGCGGAUUUGGAGUCAAGUCUCAGAAAUAUGGCACUGGACGCGUGAUUUUGUCACCUCCGAGCCCGGAAUAGGGGUUUUGAAAUGCAGUUUGGCCUACCUACUCGGGUCUCUUGCUACUUUCAUUCCCGCAGUUGCGGCCUUCCUGGGCCAUCAAGAUGGCAAGCAUGUGGUGGCUACUGUCACAGUAUAUUUCCAUCCAGCGCGGACACAAGGGAGCAUGUAUAAGGCGCUGAUUUGCGCUCUUUUGGCCUUCCUAUACGCAGCCUUCAUUUCCCUAACGAGCAUGUGUGUUAGCAUGUUCUUCCAGGAUACGCUGGACAUGCGCGCAGUUGGCCAUGCCGUUGUUCUUAUAGUGUUCUGCGGAGGUGGCUUGGGUUUCAUAGGAUGGACGAAGCAAAGCUUCGGCGAUCCGCUUGUGAAUGUCGCUUGUUCCCUUGCUUCGCUUGCGUCCAUCACCGUACUCACGAAAGAAGGUGCGGUGCAAAGCGGAGACUUGUCCUUCACCAAGGUCGUCCAAGUUUUGAAGAUGGUCAUCAUGGGCGUCGCCGCUGCCAUGACCGUGUCAUUCUUGAUAUUCCCAAUAUCUGCGCGGAAAAAGCUACGCUCGAACCUCGCUAUUGUGACCGAGACUCUGGCAAUCAUGCUGGCUCUCAUUACGGACAGCUUUCUGAGUGGCUCUGAGGAGGAACUCCAGACGGCCGAGUUCCUCGACGCAGCUGAGAGACACAAAAAGGCAUAUGCCCAACUCGAUAAGCUUGUCCGAGAGGCAAAGCUCGAGCACUACGUCGCGGGGACAGAGAAGGAAUACAGGCUAGAAAAGAACUUGGUUCGAUGGGUCCAAGAUAUCACGCACAAUAUGGGAGGACUACGCAGUGCUGCUUCGCUGCAAUUUCAACUUUUGAAGCAAGCGAAGCUGGUUGAUCCAGUAUCUUACCGCGAUAGAAAGCAUGCGCCCAAUGGUACUGACCAUGUGCCAUUGCCAAGUCCGUACUCCUCGCACGGGCACAGUACACUUCUCGAAUCAAUUGACGAGCUGCCUGAACAACGACUUGGAGGAGACGAAGAGGCAGCAGCUGAAGAUGAUCACCGACACAGUGAAGACCACUCUGAUCCUAAUCCGGCCCGAGACGAAGGAUCUUCUGUCGAGCAUACCCUUCAACCCGAAGACUUGUUUGCGCUGUUCAUCAGUCACUUAGGGCCUUCCAUGCGGUCCCUUGCUUUCACCUUGAAAGAAAUUUUCAAAGAGAUCCCUUUUACGCCUGCGCCUGACUAUAAAGUCUCUGUCAACAGUAGGUUCCAUGUUAGUCUUGAUCGCGCGCUGGAACUUUAUCAAGAAUCGCGAGAGAAGGCUCUGAAGGUUCUCUACCGCCAGAAGGAACUUUUACAGAUCCAAACGCCGGAGGUAGAAGCGGAUCUCGAGGAAGUUUCUGCCAGCUGCGGUCAUUUCAGUUUCUCACUACUGGAAUUUGGCGAACAGCUGAAAGACCUGCUGGCAAUCUUAGACGAACUACAACUCGAAGCCGAGGAGAGACCUAGUGGGAGAUCAUGGGACUGGUUAAAAGUAUGGCGGUUGAGAACAGCCGAAACGCAGAACACGCAGCCUGUCGAUUCUGAACAACCAUUACUUGGGCCAACGGUAGGAGAAGGGGUGACUCCUGUGGCCUCUAUCAGUCCCUUCGGACUGGAAGGUAGACAGACACCUCCAACAAAACGCGCGGAAAAACUGCCCGCGAAGGAGCGCCUCAGUUAUCGAAUCUGGAAAUCUCUUGGAGUAUUCCGACGUGAAGACACAAAGUUCGCGAUCAAGGUCGGCACAGGAGCAGCCCUGUACGCUUUGCCAGCCUUCCUUAAAUCCACACGGCCUUUCUAUUCUCACUGGAGAGGUGAAUGGGGCUUGUUAUCCUACAUGUUGGUGUGUUCUAUGACAAUCGGGGCGUCCAAUACCACUGGUUAUUCUCGAUUCCUGGGUACAUGCCUAGGAGCACUCUGUGCCAUUACGGCAUGGUACGUGACCGAUGGGAACGUUUUUGGACUGGCCAUUCUCGGUCUGCUCAUGGCAACUUGGACAUCUUAUAUAAUCGUUGUCAUGGGGAAAGGACCGAUGGGUCGAUUCAUUAUGCUCACCUACAAUCUUUCCGUACUGUACGCGUACUCCCUGACGCAAAAAGAGGGCAGUGAUGACCAGGAUGAGGGUGGCGAUUCUCCCAUCAUCACCGACAUAACGCUCCAUCGAGUUGCAGCGGUUUUGUCUGGCUGCAUCUGGGGUAUCAUCAUUACGCGGCUCAUUUGGCCUAUUAGCGCGCGCAAGGAGCUCAAGGACGGCCUGAGCCUCUUAUGGCUUCGUAUGAGCCUGAUCUGGAAACGCUACCCGUUGUCCCUACUGGCGAAAGGGGAAAGUUCCACAGGCUUCAUGACUCCAAGAGAGAAGCUGGAGAUUGAGCGGUUUCUCUCUCGUCUGGAAGCUCUUCAAGCUGCCGCUCGUGCAGAAUUUGAGCUGAAGAGUCCGUUUCCCGAUGCUGCAUACAGCAAUAUACUCCGUCGCACAAGGAGCAUGGUGGACGCAUUCCACGCCAUGAAUCUAGAGAUGAUCAAAAAUGUGCCUGCUUCAGAAGGUGAACUGGCUCUGCUCAGUUAUACAGCUCAGGAAAGAGAGCAUUUGUCUGCUCGCAUCAGCCACUUAUUAUCAGUUAUGGCGUCUUCUAUGAAAUUGGAAUAUCCGCUGAUCGAUGUACUUCCGAACAUUGAGCAUGCAAGAGAUCGACUUCUUGCCCGUAUAUUCCACUAUCGCAAGGACCCUGAGGCUUCUCGGCUGACAACGGACGAAGAUUAUGCCUUGCUCUAUGCCUACAUUUUGGUGACGGGUCAAUUAUCCACCGAGAUUGUGGAAAUUAUGGAAGAGAUUGGUAGAUUAUUCGGUGUGCUCAGUGAGGAUGUAGUAAAGCCUAGUUCUCCCCACUUCCGGCUUCGCGCAGCCCGUCGCGCCUCUGCGAGCCUUGCAAUCAUGCAGAUCGAUCCGGCAGCCCUGAGUCGGACAGACUCUGCAUCAACUGCGACAGCAUCAUCCAAGACCGCAGCACCUGGCCCUGCGACGACACAAAAGUCUACGAAGGCUUUGAUAUCAGUUCCGCGAUUGGAUCUCGAACCUAUAUACACGGAACUAAAAGCCGCUAUCGGUGAAAACUGGGCUGAGUACAAAGAAUCUACAACUCUAUUCCUUCUGGGACAUCUCAAUCAAAAUGAGCUCGCGUCGCGCAUUGAUCACAUAGUUUGCGCCGACCAGAAGACCGAACACCUCCACAACAAUUUUAUAUGUGCGGUCAUAGGGAACCUCACAAGAGAUCUCCCCGACCAUGGCGUGGCAAGUUGGGUGUCAGCGAACGACAAGCCGUCGGUCGUAUCGAAACCCUCCUCUGGAGAUGCCGCGGAGGCAAGGUUGAAGACAGAGGUUAUGCAGUUACCUCCCAGAGACCGUCGGCGAAUAAAAGCGAUUCCAGAGCGUGACCCUCAUGAGGUCGUGCCAAAUGAAGUGGAAGAAUAUCAUCUCGCGAAACAGAUCAAGCUCCCUAGCCAAGUCCCAGCUAGUGCUGGGGGUUUGAAUAAAACGAAUUGGGAGUUAGAGAUUCGGAAACGCUACGCGCAACCCUUGGCAUCGGAAACUGGCGAAUUUCCAGACGCCGAAUCAAUACAUGCGCGAAUGAUACCGAUAUGCUAUGAGGAGUCUGUAGUUAGCGGUGCAGGCUUCCCGUGUGCUGAGUUUAUGGCGAUUGCAACAGAGACUUUCGUUAAGGAAGUACUAUCCGUGGUGUUUUCCCGUACCAGGUGUAAUGGCCCGUCUGGCACGAUCAACGGCAUGAUGAUGCGCAAAUAUCGACAGCAGCUUGAGCUAGAGGAGCUAGCUUAUACUCGCGGCGAGAUCGUUAAAGACAGCGCGACAGGGCUUCUACCCGUUGAGGCCAAGGAAGCUAGGAAUCGGAAGCCUCUCGGAGUCCGCGAUCUUCGACUAGCGCUCGAAAUUGGAGGAGGAGUGCUCAGUCAUAUGCCUCUUAUUGUCGAUCAUAUUAUGGGAGGUUAUUUCGAGGAUGAAUUCGAGACCGACAAACAAGAGCAAACCGACGAAGUUGUCGACACUGCCGAUAAUGACACAAGACCGGCCCAGUUCGCAGACGAAAUGGAAGUGGAGGACGAUGCAGAGUUGCUGGACUGGGAAGGAGCCACCGCGGUAGAUCGGGCUCAAUUGGGAUCGUUACUAGAUGAGUGCCUUUCUCUGGCCUCAUGA